CAGAUCGUUGUAAACACUCUUUAAUGCAAUUAUAGUAACUCAGUCUAUUUAACAAAUUUUGGCUCAAACUAACUAUAAUUAAAAUUGAAUUCAUUGAUGAUUAAAAAUUAUUGAUUGAUUGAUUUAAAAUUAUGGCACGCAUCGGUAUCAUCGGACUCAUUUUUUUCUCAUUAAACCAAUCAUCUCUCAUUGGAACUCCAAACGUCUGCAACGGUAAAGAGGCCAAUGCUGAAGCACUCCCUACAAUUCAACCUGCUAAGUCACUCCCGCCAUUUACCGAAGAAUCUCACAGGGUCUGCACGACUAAAGUUUGUAAGGAUACGGCUUCCAUGAUCAUCACAAAAAUGGACAUUAACGUGGAACCGUGCGACAACUUUUACAGGUUCGCCUGCGGUAACUAUCUGAACAAUACACUCAUCCCACCUGAUAGAGGCACAAUGAGUGCCUCUGAAGACAUCAGGAUAGAAAUUGAGAAGCGGUUGCGGACAGUCCUCGAGGAGCCGAGUCUCCCCACGGAACCUAAAGCAUUCAAACUUGCAAAGAAGUUGUACAAAUCCUGCAUGAACGAAACUGCAAUUAAAGCUCAGAGUCGCAAGUUACUUCUCAGUAUCUUGCAAAAACUUGGAGGAUGGCCGGUUCUAGAGGGAGACCAGUGGAACGAAGAGACUUUUAAAUGGAUUCAAUCGCUUAACAAAUUCAGCGACCUGGGAGAUCUGAUGAAGUACUUCCUCCAAAUUACUAUCAAUACGGACUACAAGAAUACUACGAAGCAAGUUAUAUAUUUGGAUCAAGCAUCCCUGUCGAUACCACGUGAAUACUUAGCCAAAGGUUUAAAUGACAAAGUAGUCCAGAUCUAUUACAGGCACAUGGUGGACAUUGCAGUGAUCCUUGGUGCCAAACGAGAAUUCGCUGAGAAGCAACUGGUCCAGUCUCUCAAAUUUGAAAUGAAAUUAGCUAACAUUUCUCUACCAGAUGAGAAACUCCUUAAUUACACGCUUCUCUACAAUCCUAUGACAAUCGCCCAGCUCUCCCAGACGUACCCCAGCAUCCCCUGGAAGGAGUACUUCAACCGCCUGCUUCCACCUUCCAUCCGAGUCGACGACAGCGAAAUCGUUAUCGUCCAAGUCCCCAGUUUUAUCACAAAUCUCGAGAAACUCAUGAAAGAAACUCCUAAACGAAUUCAAGCCAACUACUUGAUGUGGAGGGUGUUACAAAAUUUACUCAACUUUUUGGAUAACCAAAUAGAACUACAGCUUCAAUACUUGACUCACCUCAGUGGGACAAAAAGCGAAUCCAGAUGGAAACAGUGUGUUUUUUUCGUCUCAGACAGUCUCUCCAUAAGCGUCGGAGCUCAGUACGUUCGAAAGUACUUCAAUAAGGAUACUAAGAAGAAUGUCAUUGAGAUGGUUGAUGACAUACGGAAGCAGUUGAAUCAGAUCCUGCAGAAAGUUGACUGGAUGGACGACGAAACAAGAAAGAGUGCGCUGGAGAAGGCUGCUUCCAUGACCAGCUAUAUUGCCUAUCCUGAUGAGCUUCUCGAUGACAGAAAACUUGAAGAGUUCUAUCAGGAUUUGGAGCUCAGCGACGAGAAUUAUCUCCAGAAUAUUAUAAAUAUUUCGUUAUUCACAAUUAAGAAUUCAUUCAGUGAAUUGAGGGAACCGUAUAAUAAGAGCGAUUGGCGGAUAGCGGAAAGCCCGGUCACUGUUAAUACUGUUUAUGCAGAGGACAAUAGCAUACAGUUUCCGGCUGGUAUUCUCCAGGGUGCUUUCUUCAACAACGAUCGUCCUAGGUAUAUGAACUAUGGUGCCAUUGGCUUGCUCAUUGGUCACGAGAUAACCCAUGCAUUUGAUAACAUAGGACGACAGCUCGAUAAAGACGGCAAUCUUAUCAACUGGUGGUCGCCUUCCACUGAUGAAAAAUACCUCGCUAAGGCACAAUGUAUUAUCGAUCAAUAUGGAAAUUACUCAGUCGAAGAAGUUGGGUUGAACUUGAAUGGAAUAAAUACUCAAGGAGAAAACAUUGCAGACAACGGAGGAAUGAAGCUAGCCUACUUAACUUACAAGGAUUGGUCAGUCCGUAAUGGCCGAGAACCAAUGCUCCCCAGACUUCCCUACACCCCAAGACAAAUGUUCUGGAUAAGUGCGGCUAGCACUCGGUGCGAGAAGUUGCGAAUUGAAGAUCUCGAGGACUUAGUUAUCGUUGACCCCCACCCUCCUGCAGAAUUCUUUAUAUUGGGAGCGCUGUCCAAUAUGCCAGAAUUCGCUGAUGAUUUUAAAUGUCCCGUAGGAUCCAGAAUGAAUCCUAAGAAAAAAUGUUCUGUGUGGUGAUUUUCCAAUCAAAUUCGUAGGGGCACACUGGAAAUACUUAUCACUUUACUGCAUUUGCCCUCUAUCGCCAUUUCUACAUAAUUGAAUGAUUCAAGUCGAUUUUUCGGCUUGAAAUUCGUUAAGGAUUUUCUACAUGCACCGUAGCGGGGGGAGGGGGGGUGUGCGGGUGUGGAGGGGUAUGCCUUUCGUAAGUGUUCCAAUCCCUGAACAUGAAAAAAUCGAGUUUUCAAUUACGUCGUUGAGGUGCUAUUUGGCGACUUUACUGGAAUUAAAAUUUUUUUAGUAUCAUAUAUUCAUCAUGGCAAUACGUCGAUUGCAUUAGAAAAUCUUUAUGAUUGUAUUUAAUCAUUGUUAAAUAAUAAAAAUUCAGUCCGGAACAGAGGCAACGGGUGUGAUGUCCUGACGUUAAAUUUGAUA